AUGCAGCAGCCUUCCACCCAUCCUCCCACUCGCCAUCCCCAAUUUCCCCAAUCCGAUCUUCCCCCCACACAUUCCCUGACUGACGUCGCCUCUCCUCAGGCCUACAACUCCGUCUUCAACUCGGAGCCCGACCCGCGCCUCAUCGGCAACUUCCCGCUGCUGCCCCUGCGCACCAAGGUCCGCGGCCCGGCCUACACGCUGCCGCCCGCCGACCCGCCGCUGCCCGCUCACGAGUCGCCCGACCCGGACUCGCCCUCGUACGACGUGCUCGACGAGGUGCUCGCGCUCUUCCGCGCCAACACCUUCUUCCGCAACUUUGAGAUCCAGGGCCCCGCCGACCGCCUGCUCAUCUACGGCAUCUGGUUCCUCAGCGACUGCCUGACCAAGAUCAAGCCCAACGCCACGGCGCGCGACGCCCAGAAGGAGGUGAUGAACCUGGCGCUGGACCUGCACUUUGCGCUGCCGGGCGACCCGGCGUGGCCCCUGAACCAGAUGUAUGAACCCCCUCGCGAUCGACAAGACGCGGAGCAGCUACGUCAGUACAUGGCGCAGAUCCGUCAGGAGCUCGCGGCGCGCAUACUGGCGCGCGUCUACGAGGAGGACGACGCAAAGCCCAGUAAGUGGUGGCUGAGCUUUACGAAGAGAAAGUUUAUGGGCAAGGCGCUGUGA